AUGUCUUACGUGUGUUUUGAAAGACUUGCAUACAACAAUAACUAUGUCGAGUUUGUCUUUGAAAUAAUUCUUAUCUAUCUAUCUAUCUAUCUAUCUAUCUAUUGCGGACUAUUCAUAUUUAUCUAUCUAUCUACCUACCAAUCUAUCUAUCGAUCAAUCUGUCUCGGUCUGUUCAUAUCUAUCUAUCUAUCUAUCUAUCUAUCUAUCUAUCUAUCUAUCUAUCUAUCUAUCGCUUUUAUUGCCAGCAGCACUCAUUGUGCAAAAUUUGUGUGUGUGUGUGUGUGUGUGUGUGUGUGUGUGUGUGUCGCUGACUGUUCAUAUAUAUCUAUCUACCAAUCUAUCUAUCGAUCUAUCUGUUUCGGUCUGUUCAUAUCUAUCUAUCUAUCUAUCUAUCUAUCCAGCGCUUUUAUUGCCAGCAGCACUCAUUGUGCAAAAUUUUUGUGUGUUUGCGUGUGUGUUUCGGUCUGUUUAUAUCUAUCUAUCUAUCUAUCUAUCUAUCUAUCUAUCUAUCUAUCUAUCUAA